ACAGAGGCAUUAUCUUCAUUUCCAGUUUCAUCGGUAAUUUGCAGAAUGCGGAGGUGAAAACGGACGGACUCGCCGAUCGAGGUACCAAUCCUUGACGGUAUACACUGGUAAUAUACCAGUUAGUAUUAUUUUGUAUGACCUGAAAGCUAUUCCUAGUCAGAAAUCACGCAUGCAUUCGAACAGAGGAUUAUCGCGGAGGAAUUGCCUUGAAACCAUGAACUGCAGUUGGGGGACGGAGCUGUGGGAUCAGUUUGAUAAUCUAGAGAAGCACACUCAAUGGGGGAUUGAGUUUUUAGAGCGCUACACCAAGUUUGUGAAGGAGCGGUCAGAGAUUGAAUUGAGCUAUGCCAAGCAGAUAAGGAAUCUGUCUAAGAAGUAUCAGCUUAAGAAGAACUCUAAAGAAGAGGAGGAAUACAAGUACACCUCAUGUAGAGCCUUUCUGAUGACCUUAAAUGAGCUGAACGACUAUGCAGGUCAACACGAGGUCAUUGCAGAAAACCUGUCGUCUCAGAUCAUCACCGAGCUGACCCGCUACACUCAAGAACUAAAGGCAGAACGCAAAUCGCACUUCCACGAUGGCCGGCGAGCUCAACAGCACAUCGAAAAUUCAUGGAAGCAGCUGGAGUCGAGUAAGAGAAGAUUUGAGAGGGACUGUAAGGAAGCAGAUCGCGCCCAGCAUUACUUUGACAAGAUGGACGCAGACAUUAACGUGACAAAGGCAGACGUGGAGAAGCGGUGUUCUCUCAAGGCAAAACAGCAAGCCCAGAUUAGACAUCAAAUAGCUGAAGACAGUAAAAAUGAGUACCUGACCUACCUGCAGAAGUUCAACAAGGACCAACAUGAGCAUUAUUACACUCUCAUACCACAUAUCUUUCAGAGGAUACAGGAGAUGGAAGAGAGGCGAGUGGGGAGAGUCAGGGAGAGUAUGCGGGUGUACACUGAGGUCGAAAGAAAAGUGCUGCCCAUCGUCAGCAAGUGUUUGGAUGGCAUGACCAAGGCAGCGGAAUCCAUUGAGCCUAAAAUGGACAGUAAGCAAGUUGUGGAAUCAUAUAAGUCAGGCUUUGAGCCACCGGGCGACGUGGAUUUCGAGGACUAUAGUGUGUCGAUGAAGAGGGCGGUGUCAGAAUCAAGCUUCCUAAAUGCCCGUGGGGAGAGCAGACGCCGAAGCCGGAGCAAGCUGUGGCCUUUACUCAAGAAAAAUAAGCUUAUGUCUUUGUUAGCCUCACCCCGCCAGCCCCCUCCCCCUCCCCCCACCUCCCCAUCCCCAGACGGCCUACCCAACGGCCCCCAGUCCCCGCAGCAGCCCAAGGAGCCCCUGAGCCAGCGGCUCAACGACUUCAUGAGCACCAAACACAAAAUGCACUGCCUGCGGAGCCUCAAACGUGGGCUUUCUCUAAAGCUGGGAACGGGUCAAGAGGACUACAGUCAUCUUCCCCCAGAACAGCGGAGGAAGAAACUACAGGCCAAACUCAAUGACAUCAACAAGGACAUCCAGAAAGAGAUGGAUCAGAGAGACGCCCUGACUAAAAUGAAAGAUGUCUACAUCAAGAACCCUCAUUUGGGAGAUCCAGACAGUAUAGACCCACGGUUAGAAGAGAUCACACAAAGUUUGGAAAAACUGCAGCUUGAGGCGCAGAAAUUUGAGGGCUGGCUGACGGAUGUGGAGAGAAAGUUACUUGAAAAAGGCUCAGAGUCUCAGAGGAGACAGAACAGUCAUUUUGACUCGCAGGGCAACACACCUCUUACAAACAACUACGGUCAAAACCGAGAGAGUCCGGAUGGCAGCUACACGGAAGACCCCAGCACAGAGACCAUGCAGUUAAAAUCUCGCAGUACUGAGUUUGAUGAUGAAUUUGAUGAUGAAGAACCGCUGCCCACCAUUGGAACAUGCAAGGCACUUUAUCCAUUUGAAGGCCACAAUGAGGGCACUAUAUCUAUGGCUGAGGGGGAGAUGCUGUAUGUGAUCGAGGAGGAUAAAGGUGACGGCUGGACCCGUGUGCGGAGAAACGAGGACGAAGAGGGAUACGUGCCCACAUCCUACAUCAAACUCUUUUUGGAUAUGAAUGCCAAAGAUCCCUAAAAGUGUUUGGCUGGCACAGGAGUGGCAGGGCAAGCGUCCUUGUGCGAAACAUCGUCCUAUUGUAACAGUAUUGAGAGAGAUGGCAUAUGGGGGACUAACUGAAAGGAAAAUCCAUUUAAAAUGCAAACCACUUUCAUUGAAUCCUCUACUUUGCCAUAAAAACAUUUUCAUGACUAGCUAACUAUUUGCAAGUGCUUGCUUCUCGUAUGGACCUAGAAUAUUUAGCCUUGUGCCAUAGCUGCUUGCUGACCGGAGCCCUUAGUUUUGUGUGCAGUAGCACGGAGUAAGUGCUGUAUACAUGUCUUGUUAUUGCCUGGCUUGCUUCUGAGCCAAGAGGAGUUUUGUCAUAAAGACAUUAGAUUUAAUUUAUAUUUGUCUGUGCAGACUAUUCAGUUUUGUGAAAUUCUCAAACUAUAAAACUGUGGAAGAUAAAAGGGGGACUCAUUUUAUACAUUAUAAGAUUGUUUUUUUUUUUAGUUAUCACAGUGCUUGCAAAGCAGCACUGUAAAUCCUGUCUAUUUUCUAUUUUUCCUCACACUUCCUCUUCUUCCUUAUACUUCCUUUUCAUUCUCCUCAUACUUACUCUUCUUCUUUCUCAUACUACAUUUUUCUCUCAUACUUUCUCGUCUUCUAAGUAUUUCAUCUUCUUUCUUAUACUUCCUCUUCAUCGUCAUACUUCCUCUUCAUCUUCCUCAUACUUCCUCUUCUUUUUCCUCAU